AUGAAUGACAAUUUGAUGUUAUCAACAGUGCAGCCUCAGCUAGAGGAGCAGGAUGAAGACGAGGAUAACACAUGGUCUCCCCUUCAGCUCGCCGCUGCUCAAGGGGAUUUACCUCAAGUAACGAGGCUUUUGGCCCAACCCUCAGUGGACCCCAAUGAGUCCGCCAAAGGCUACUAUGGACAGACCGCCCUUCAAGCUGCCUCUCAAAAAGGGCACCUCGCCGUGGUCGAGACACUAUUAGAGGCUGGGGCAGACGCCAACGCCCCGGGGGGAAACAACGGCGGAAGAACAGCAGUGGUUCUAGCCUCUGGAGCGGGCCACCUUAAUAUCGUCCGUCGCUUAGUCUCCGCGGGCGCGGAGAUUAACCACCCACCCCAUAGAUAUUCGGGCCGAACGACUCUUCAGGCCGCUGCCGAGGGAGGCCAUACCGAAACUUUUCAAUGGCUGCUCAAGCAAGGCGCAGAUAUCAAUGCACCUGCCGGUAAAACUGGUGGUCGCACCACGCUUCAAGCUGCAGCAGCAGGAGGCCACGCCGAUAUUGUGGAAAUGCUCAUCCGACAAAAUGCUCCCAUAAAUGCCCCUGCGGUGAGGCAUAAGGGCUUCACGGCCCUCCAAGCUGCAGCUUUUGGAGGUCACCAUAGGGUCGUCCGUCGAUUAUUAGAAGCCGGAGCAGAUGUGAAUGCUCCAGGCUCAUAUUAUGAAGGGUAUACGGCACUUGCGGCAGCGGCAGAAUGCGGCCACUAUGAGAUUGUUCGGAUGUUGCUGCACGCUGGUGCAGAUGGAUCUCUUACGUCUGGAAAUAAAGGAUGGACGGCAACACAAAUUGCAAUUUUUAGAGGGCACAAAGACAUCGCGCAGCUCCUUCAACACACUGAGCAGACGGUACUUGGCAUUCAAAAAAAAUUAUCGUCGAAGGAGAGAAAGCCAAAAGCACGGAAGGUUGGGUGGAUUGACUAUCGUGAGAGAGAGAAGAGAGAAAUGUAUCUACAAAUGACACCCCGGGCAAAGGUCUGA